UGUCCCACGUGCUUGGAUGUAACCUGAUCUAUUUCCCCGGGAUUAGAGAGGAGAACCUCAGCGGGACGAAACGUCACGGGAACCCGCCCGCCUGCCCGGCUCUGCACCGUACGACCCCAGGGGGAAAGUGUCGGCGCGUAGAAAGGUGAUUCAGAGGUGAAGAAGACAUACUCCAUGCUCUAGGAGGGAGACACGCUCAGAGAGAGCUCGUGUACGAUUGCUUCCAUCCUGCUCUGUCGGCUGCUGAAGUUUGUGGAGACGGAGAGGAGUGCUACAGGACCUGCUAUGAUGUGUUUGUUUGCCGGCGAACAAGGCCGGCUUGUCUGCCUGCUCGCGCUGGUAGCGGUCAUCGCGACGCCGGGCCACGGUCAAGAGAUUAUCGGAGAGAGCGGCGGCCAACAGGAUAUUGACCUGCUGCAGAUGAUCGGGGUCCCCCUCCCGACGCCCAUACGAUUCGUCAGCGGAUACGAUGGCUUCCCCGCGUUUGAGUUCGGCAGCGAGGCAAAUAUUGGCAGGCUUGCCAGAACGUUCUUCCCGAAUAUGUUCUACAAGGAUUUCUCCAUUCUGGUGACAACAAGGCCCAACUUCCAGGAGGGGGGGAUUCUCUUCGCUGUCACGAAUUCCUUCCAAACCGUGAUCCAGCUGGGGUUGAAGAUCGCCGACGCCGGUAAGGGGAGAUCGGGAGAGGCGCUGCAAAACAUCACCUUCAUUUACACGGAUACGAGAAACAGCGAAGUCACCCAGGAAGUGGCGAGAUUCACCAUUCCGACCACCGCGGGAGAAUGGCUGAGAUUUUCUCUCAGCGUGAGAGGGAACGCUGUCACGCUGUACUACGACUGCGAGGAGAGGGAGACCCAGUUUUUCGACAGGACGGUGUCGCAGCUUGAGUUUGCGCCCGCCGCUGCUGUGUUUGUUGGACAGGCUGGGGCCGCAGAGGAAGGCAAAUAUCUGGGUUCCAUCCAAGAGCUGCUGAUCAGGAAGGACCCCAAUGCUGCGGAGCAGCAGUGCUCUGGAGAUGCUGGUGAAGAGGGUACUGUGUCAGGCAGUGGAGAUGGAGGGGAGGAGGGGACCAUCAUCACCAUCCCUGGUACUGUCAUCCCUGGCAGACCAAAUACUCCUCUUGCCACUCAAGAAACACCCGUUGAUGGCCCAGAUGUGAACGAACCGUACCCAGACACCAGCAACAUGGAGCGCCACGAUGGCGACACGACCGGUUGGCCGGAGCUGCCCGAGGGUGGUGCGAACACGGGACUGGCCGGGCUGCCUGGUUUACCCGGUGUGCCGGGACCAAAGGGAGACACCGGUCCUCAGGGUCCGCCUGGGCCAAGGGGAGAGAAGGGAGAACCGGGAGAUACCACUUUGGUCGAGGGGCCGAUAGGUAUACCAGGUGAUCCUGGCCUUCCAGGUUUACCUGGACCUAAGGGUGACACCGGACCUGUGGGCCCACCUGGUGAGAGGGGAUUGCAGGGUGAGAGAGGAGAAGCAGGACUGAAGGGUGACCCAGGAGUGGGGCUAACCGGCCCGCCCGGGCCACCAGGACCCCCAGGAGUUGUCACUGUUGGAGAUACUGAUCAGGUGAUCUCUGGAACCCCAGGGUCUAAGGGAGAGGCUGGAGCACCUGGCCUGCCGGGUCUACCUGGGCCUGCUGGCAUCACAGGAGCAAAGGGCGAGCCUGGAGAGUCUAUUGCUGGGGUUGCUGGCCCACCCGGACCACCUGGGCCGCCUGGACUACCUGGCCCACCAGGGCCCUCAAACGGCUUUGUACCAGAAACAGCCAUUAUUGGACUUGAAGGCUCGGGAUAUGAGUUUGCUGGGCAGGGUGUAGCCGGCCCCCCAGGACCCCCAGGACCACCCGGUAUCCCAGGACUGCCGGGCCCGCCUGGUUUACCCGGCCUGCCAGGAAAACCGGGUACUUUUGGCACCGGAAACAUCACUAACGGGAUCCAGGGCCCUCCUGGUAGAGAUGGUGUGGACGGAUCCGCUGGGCCACCUGGGAUUCCUGGUAUUCCAGGACAAGAUGGACCAAUAGGACCAAAGGGUGAAGCAGGUGUACCUGGGAUUGAGGGGCCAGCUGGAACUAAGGGAGAGCCUGGACUGACAGGAGCACCUGGACUGCCUGGUCCACCCGGACCUCCUGGGCCCUCUGGUGGUGGUGGAGGAAUAUUUGGCUUUGGUGGCUCAUCGGGGGGACCUGGACCUGCGGGGGAACCAGGGAUACCAGGAAACCCUGGGCAGAAGGGUGAACAGGGAACAGCUGGACCAGAGGGGCCGCAAGGAACACCUGGCUUACCAGGGCCAGUUGGACCACGUGGACAGAAGGGAGACCCAGGCGAGGCUGGCAUUGUUGGACCUCAGGGACCCAAAGGUGACAUGGGACCAAGAGGACCCGCUGGUGAAGCAGGCCGUGACGGUGUCGGCCUCCCCGGCCCCCCUGGCCCGCCCGGACCCCCAGGGCUGCCUGGAACCAUCUCUGUACUCCCUGGGGAUGAUGAGAUGACUGUCAGCCCAGGCUUCCGGCCAACUGGAGGAGAGGGUGAGAUGACUGGUGGUUUUCCUGGAGGACUGAUCGGACCUGCAGGGCCUGAGGGGCCACGUGGACCUCCGGGCAUUGCUGGACCUCCUGGACCAAUAGGCAGACCUGGUGAUGACGGUGCUCCUGGUCUAAAGGGAGACAGAGGAGACUCAGGAGAGGCUGGGCGCAAGGGUGAUCGCGGUGAGCCAGGCCCUGCUGUGACUGUAGAUGGAGAUGUGCUUCAGAUCAAGGGUUCUAAAGGAGAGCCUGGUCUGGAUGGUGUGGAGGGACUACCUGGCAUUAAGGGUGAACCUGGAGAAGCUGGUAUCCAAGGACCAGAGGGACCUAUUGGACCAAAGGGCAUGAUUGGUGAGGUUGGAUUCCCUGGCAGAAUGGGUCUUCCUGGUGUCAGAGGUCAGAAAGGAGAGAAGGGUGACACUGGUACUGGCUUACCUGGACCCCCUGGCCCUCCAGGUCCUCCUGGACUACCCAGUGGUGCUUCCUUCCCAGCUGGCAGCUUCCCUGUGCUCCAAAAGGGAGAAAAAGGAGACAUCGGACCCUCUGGUCCACCUGGGCCACCUGGAGCUCUGGCGUCUGGACCUGGGCUUUCGUUUGGAGGUGCAGGACUGGUGGGGCCUGCUGGUCCAAAGGGGGAAAAGGGGAUGAUGGGAAUCAGAGGACCAUUAGGGCGACAGGGAAGGAAAGGAGAGAUUGGCUUACCUGGCAGGAAAGGAGAUAGGGGAGAAGCAGGUCCCCCUGGUGCUCCUGGUGGUUUCUUCGGCGGCAGCGGACAGGUUGUGCAGGGUCCCACCGGCCCCCCUGGACCUCAGGGUCCUCGUGGGCCACCUGGCUUCCCUGGUCGCGGCCCGUCUGGACCACCUGGCCCACGUGGUCCGGCUGGCCCGGCAGGAAUCGGAGCACCUGGAUUACCUGGCCCACCUGGCAGACCCGGACAGCCAGGUGCCAGCAUCGGCAGUGGGAUCAUGGGGCCUCCCGGGCCACCUGGCCCUCCUGGAAGAGCUGCUGGGAUUGUCACCUUCAAUAGUGAAAGCCACCUGCUGCGCUCCCCACCCUCUUCACCAGGCACCCUGGCCUUCGUAGCAGACACAGAACAACUGUACCUCAGAGUAGGGGGCGGCUGGCAAAUCAUCCUGACACAACCCUUGAGACCGACUGUUCAGGUUGGGAAGAUCAUGUCCAUUCCUGAGAGACCUCCAGUACAACCCGAGGCCUCGGCUGAAAACCCAGGGCAUGCCAACAACGGGUUCAACAAUGGAUUCUUUGGAUCAGAAGUGGAUGCUCCCACUGUACAGCUUGUCGGAUCACCUGAUAGUAACUUGGGCAAGGCUACUGGAAAAAGGUUACAUCUCAUCGCCCUGAACGAGCCAAUGACAGGCAACAUGUACGGGAUCCGUGGAGCGGACUUCAAGUGUUUCCAGCAGGCUCGGCAGGCCGGACUGCGUGGGACGUUCCGCGCCUUCCUGUCCUCCAAGGUGCAGGACCUGAGCUCCGUGGUCAGCAGAGGGGACAGGGACGGCAUCCCCAUUGUCAAUCUCAAGGACGAGAUUCUGUUCCCAUCUUGGAACUCCAUAUUUGAAGGUGAAAGAGAGACCAACGAGUACAAGGGUGGAGCCUUCGAUAUUAACACAGCCAUCUACACCUUCAACGGGACACAGCCUCUUCUAAACCCAACAUGGCCACACAAGCGAAUCUGGCACGGCACAAACAUGGAUGGCCAGCGUCUUGGAGACCACUUCUGUAACGCCUGGCGGGAAAACGACGUCAGCUUCGUGGGCAUGGCGUCCUCCCUCCAAACCGGCAUGCUACUAGGACAAGAACAGUACAGCUGUUCAAGUUCCUACAUCGUACUGUGCAUAGAAAAUACCCACAAAAGGCACCACAGAGUUUACAACUAUAGGAGGAAGUAGUUUUAACCAUUCUUCUCGUACCCUCAGUCUUGUAUAUUAUUUGACACCCUUGUAUGUAUGAAGAACUAGGCUGAUAUGGUAUGUGGUAGUCCAGCCCUUGUAGUUUUACAUGUAUAUUUGUUGGAGAUAUAUUGCGGGAUUGUGAUAACUACAUUGUGUGGCACGACAGUACACAGAGAUACGCUUGUCUGGCUGGAGGGACUCCUGUGCUUGUUGCAGAGAGACAGUGGAUAUUGUAGCUGAAAAAGUUUUAAUUUUAACUGAAAAAUAUUGCAUUUCUUUACUAUAUACAUGUAGUGUGACCAUAACAUGGAAGUUGACUUAGCAGAAACUCCGUCAAAAAAUGAGAUCAAUGUAUUAUAUGAUUAAAUCUUGCUGGUGCCAAAACUUAGUAUUUGUAAAACAUAUAUAUUGAUUAGUAUUAACGUUUGCUAGGUUUCCAAUGAAAAUAGAAAGUCUGUGAUUGCGUUUUGUUGAUUUGGAAGAUAGUGCUAUGUUUUUUAGGUUCAAAGGAGUUGUUUUAUAAGUCGACUUAACUUUUAUGGAGCAUAGAUCUAGAACAUGUUACCAAACCUUUUGUCAUUCCAUGACCAGAAAAAAAGCAACUGUCAAACUUUGAAUAAUGGAUAGUAUAUAAUGUAGCUGUGUGCAAGUUUCAUUCAUUUUAGAUGUCAUUCAGGGCAGUUUUUAAAAACAUUUUAGAAAGGUACUGGUAAAGAUAAACUUUUAAUGAAGUCGGAACAAAGACAUUGUUCGUAAGAUGAUAAAGACUUUGGAAGGCAAAAACUGUUUUAAAUAAAAUCAAGACAAAUAAUUAUAGGAAUUUGGGAACAAAAAGUAUCCAGUAUUUUACCAUACCUCAAUGUCUGGAAAGUAAGGGUUAGCCUGAUUGAAUUGUUGUCAUAGCAAAAUGCAUGAAUUAGCUGGAUUUUAGUAUUGCAAAGACAUGUAAGGCUGCUUUUAUCUCAAUCUUCUCAGUCAUUCACAUAGUGAAGCACUCAUCUUGCCUAACCUCCUUUGAAGGAUCCACAAGUCUGACUUUUAUUGGUUUAUAAUGUGCUGCUUCUUUCUGAUGGCUCAGUUCUAUUUGUACUCAGUUGUUUAGGGAUCGUCUUUAUAUAGAGUUUGCUGCUAUCAUUUGCAGAACAUUAUAUUGAAACUGUCCACAUGUAGAAUUAGAUCUGACAUGCCAUCAGAAGAAAGGCUCAUUACAGACCACAAAAAUAGCUUGACUUGUAGAGUCUGUUCAGGAGGAUACAUCUUGCCAUUGUACAUUGUAGCUGAGACAUGGUAGAAAUAUGUACAUUUGUACAUGUAACAUUAACGUUACAUGUAUACUCUCUUCUUCAGUAAGACAGUUGUACUUACUAUGGAAAGUAUUGUACUUACAUGUACCACCAGGUUCUGGUUCAAACAUGAUGAUAACAACAUCCAACCACUCUACCCUUGUAUUGUUUAGGAAAUAAGAUGUACCAUUGUCUAGCACAAUAGUCUUUGAAAUUACUAUUAGGAUUCUGACAAAAAAUGCCCCUGCAGUUACCUAACUAGGAGAUAGGGGGUUCAGGCUCAUCACUGUCUGAUAGAUGAGCUAGAUAGUUAUAGACUAUAGGUCUUCCUCUCACAACUUUCACAAAGGUGCUAUGACUACAUAUAACCUCCCAGUAUUCAAUAUAAUAUAUCUAUAUAUAUGAUAAUGGUGCUUGUUUAUAACUUUGACAAUUGGUCAGUACUGGUAAUAUAGAAACCCAACAGUGCCUUAGUAUUACUCAAACUCAGUACGUUUUCUACAAGUUAGUUUAAAAAGAUUAACAUAAUUAUAAAGGUAAUAGUUUGUUUUUUUAACUCUGGAUAAUACAUAUGUUUGAUGUUCUGUGUUUUGUGAGUGGAUGUAGUGUAUGUAUCUUUAAAGAUCAGCGGACAAUCGUGACAAUGAAGUUUUUGCAAAGGUUUAGAUUGAAGAUAACUAAAACUGUAUAUACAUGUAUACAACAUCGUGGAUAUAUUAGUUCCCGACCUGAUAUUAGUUAUUAUAAUCUUAUUCCUGGUUAGAUUUUAACUUAGAAGUCCAAAUAUUUCACUCCUAUUGACAGUAAAACAGGAUAAAUGUGUUUUCAUUGAUGUUGACUCACUUCUAGUUCACUAUGCACCAUUUAUUACAAUUGUACCUUGUUCAUCUUAAAUAUUAGAUUCUACUUAAACAUGUACCUCAUAUUGUUUUAGUGCUUAACGGUUGAGUUGCUUCUAUAUUAGCAUCUAUUUUUUCUUGAAACAAGAAAUUUACAAGUUUGUUUUAAGGGUGGACUUUGCCAUGGAACUGUUUGAACCUUGUAGACCAUCUUAAGUUAUUUUAGUUCUUUAUUUGAAUAUUACAGCAGUAAACGUGAUCUAUGAAGUGUCCUUUGUGCUAUCAAGGAUAUUUUGUCAUUGCCAAUUCAGCUGUGUAAGUGAAAUGUAUUAUUUUAAUGAUAUUAAUAAAGGACACAACACAUA